AGCAUUCGACCUUUCAGAGAAGUAGGCCAUUCAUGCCUUCAUUCUCCCAUCUGAACUGCUAGCCCACCGGGAUCGAUUUAUCUAAGUCUGCACGCUGGGCCUACGAUAAUUUGUGGCUUGAUUACCCGAAUUGUUUAAACUGCCCACCUUCGUUGAUUCCAAGAUGGACGCCCUCAUGCAAGAGUUCAAGACCGCAUACUCCGCAGAAAAGGGCAAUGAUCUCGCCAAGACACUUUCGCCAUACCUGCCAGAAUCCCCCGAGAAGCUUCGGUCGAUAUGGGAGAGUGGAGACUCCCGGACCAUUAGAGAGGACCUUGAAUUCUUAUUCACUCAGGGCAACCCAGCGCGCUUGAGGCUGUCACGUGAGGAAAGUGGAGGGUGGCAGGAGGUUUACUUCGCCUAUUGGAAGGCUCUAGGUGAAAUCCUGGCCGUUGAAGGCCAGAGGACAGAUGGGGUUAAAUCAACGUGGACAAAGGUGUACGAAUCAUGGAAGGUGUUUACGAACUCGCUCAUUCGUGGGUACACUAAUUGUGAAUUUGAGAACUGGACUAUUCCGUGCUUGUACAUCGCUGGCAAGUAUUCGAGAAUAUUUGCUAUGCGGUCAGACGCCGAGAGAGAUGCCAAUGGCGAUGAUCUAGGGGCCACUUACCAGGACGAAUUUGACCCUGAAACGGAGAAACACAAGUCUCUAGAGGAUUGCGGCCGUCAGCUUAACCGCAUCUUCAACACUUGUCUGAGCGACAGAGCACCUCUGAGUGAGUCUCGGAAGUGGGGCAUCUACUACGCGAUCAACCUCCUCUUCAAGACUUACUUCAAGUUGAACCAAGCUUUCUUGUCACGGAAUGUUUUGAAAGCCCUGUCUGCCGGGCGAGGGGACAUGCCUGAUUUUGACAGUUUUCCCAAGUCCCAGCAGGUCACAUUCAAAUAUUAUGAAGGUGUCCUACACUUUUUGGAGGAGAACUACGAGGAGGCUGAGAAGCACCUCGAAGUUGCAUGGCUCCUGUGCCAUAAAGAUGCUAAAAGAAAUCUUGAGCUAAUACUCACCUAUCUCAUCCCAUGCCAUCUCUUGAGGACCAAUACACUCCCCAGUGCUAAGCUACUGGAGCCGUACCCGAGGCUCCAAGAGCUAUUCGGCCCACUGGCGGAGGCGAUCAAGAAGGGCAACUUGCGUGCAUUCGAUCAAGCACUUCAGCAGGGCGAAGACGAAUUUGUCAAGCGACGUAUAUAUCUUACACUGGAGAGAGGUCGCGACAUAUGCCUUCGUAACCUUCUGCGCAAAGUCUUUCUUGCUGCCGGCUUCACUGACGACGACCCACCUGUCCGCAAAACCAGAAUUCCAUUGGCGCAUUUCGUAGCGGCAAUCAAGGUUAGCGAUGGGGAGGGAAUAGAUACCGACGAGGUUGAGUGUCUGCUAGCGAAUAUGAUAUACAAGGAUCUGAUGAAAGGCUACAUUGCGCACGAGCCUGGCAUUGUCGUGUUGAGCAAGAGCGGGGCCUUUCCUGGGUCUGGCCUCUGAGUCAAUUGGGUAGGUAGCGAGAUGGAUCGAUUGACUGAGCCCGUUUACUCCAGCAUGUGAACCGAAAGAUGUGACUAGUUGACACUGAACUCGUGACACGAAUGGUUUAUGAAGAUUACUGCGGUCCUAAGAUUGUGUGCAGAAGGAAUCUGAUCCCGCACAAUAUUCUGUCGCUAUAUCUUAUCGAAGCAUGGCACCGAAUGAGAAGCAUACGUCUAUUGCUGCAAUCAAGCCACUUGCCUCGGUGAGACUUCAGGUGAUUUUUCUAGCUUAGCGACGCAACUGUGACAGGCAUACAUCAAUUGCGUUGACUGACAUGCACUUCCCUCCCAUAGAGUCCCGCUUGUACGGGUAGCUUCUUGCAAAAUAAAACUUAGGAUUGUGCAUGUUUAUGUUUUUCUGAGCACUCGGUCAAUACUUAGUUUAGUCAAGUAUCCUAGUA